AUGUCUUCUGCCGUUGAAAACCUCGCCGACAACCUGGCCACCACCUCGCUCAACGAGGUCAACGGUGCUGCGGCCGUGCAGGCCCCUGACGCCGCCGCCGCCAGUGCCGAUGAGGGCCGUCGGCUGUACAUUGGGAACCUCGCAUAUGCGACCACUGAGGGGGAGCUCAAGGAGUUCUUCAAGAACUACACCAUUGAAAGCACCUCUAUUCCUGUGAAUCCCCGUACUAGCCGCCCAGUGGGCUAUGCCUUUGUGGAUCUUGCCACUGCUAACGAGGCCACGGCUGCUAUCGAGGAGCUUUCGGGCAAAGAAAUCCUCCAGCGCAAGGUCUCCGUGCAGUUGGCCCGCAAACCAGAGCCUGCUGAGGCCAAGGCGGAGGGUGCUGUAAGUGGCGGUGAGGGUGCUAGCGGCAACGAGGGCCGCAAGAGAAUCGCGGGCCGGGGCCGUGGCCGUGGCCGUGGUCGUGGCCGCGGUGGACGCCUCGGUCGCGGUGGACGCGCUGUAAGUCCUCAGGCCCAGAAUGGCGAGCCUGCUUCUGAGCCUCCUGUCAACGUUCCGGGCCAGGUGGACCCCCUGACUGAGGUCAACCACAACGAAGUCGCCCCCGUUGCGGCCACCGAGGAGGCCUCCAAGCAGACCAAGCCUCGCGCUCGCGUCCAGAAGCAGCGUGGCCCGCCCGAGGACGGUAUUCCUUCCAAGACCAAGGUUAUGGUGGCAAACCUGCCCUACGACCUGACCGAGGACAAGCUCAAGGAGUACUUUGUUGCUUACGAGCCCAUCUCCGCCAAGCUGGCUCUGCGCCCCAUCCCCCGCUUCAUGAUAAAGAAGCUGCAGGCUCGUAACGAGCGUCGCAAGGGUCGCGGCUUCGGUUUCGUCACCCUGGGUUCCGAGGAGCUCCAGCAGAAGGCCGUUGAGGAGAUGAACGGCAAGGAGAUCGAGGGUCGUGAAAUCGCUGUCAAGGUCGCCAUCGAUAGCCCCGGUAAGGAGGACGACGUCGACGCUGCCGCCCCGAAGUUCGAAGAGUCCGCCGCCCCCGCUGCUGAUGACGAGAACGUGGCCCCGACCGCCGCCUAA